AUGACUAACGCUGCAGGCUCUAAAGGUGGUUCUGCGAAGGUCUUAAAAAAACCAGUACAGAAAAAAAAAUAUAUCAUCGACGCCUCAACUCCUUCUCGUGAUAAGAUUUUUGAUUCUGCGGCUUUCGAAAAAUUUCUUCACGAUCGAUUGAAAAUUAAUGGUCGUACGGGACAAUUGGGAGACAUUGUUACUAUAACUCGUAGCGAUGAUCACAAAAUCACUAUUAACACUAAUUCUCACGUUUUUUCAAAAAGAUAUAUGAAAUAUCUUACCAAGAAAUUCAUGAAAAAACAUCGUAUUCGUGAUUGGUUACGUGUUGUCGCUACAGAUCCGCAAUCAUAUGAAAUAAGGUAUUUCAAUAUUAGCAAUGAAGUUGAAGAAGAAGAGGAGGAAUAA